AUGGGAGCCAUCGUACCCAACUCCAAGAGGUAUCCGAGAGUCUCAGACCCACCCCCGACUUUUGGUGCUUCUGCCCAGCAUGCUUUCUCUACGGAUCCCGCUCCGAAGGAUCCGUACACCUAUCAGGUUGGAUUUGGAAAUAGGUUUGCCUCGGAGGCCGUCCCGGGAACUCUUCCGCAAUCCUGUAACGUGCCGCAGAGGGUCAAAUACAAUCUGUACUCGGAACAGCUGAACGGGUCGACGUUUGUCGCUUCUCGGGCCACUAUACAACAUGCCUGGUUCUAUCGCAUUUACCCGUCCGUGGCUCACGGAAAUUUAACAAAAAUGCCGCGCAACCCAGAUAUCGAGUCGAAAUUUACGUCUGGCAAUGAAAAUAUUGAUUUUGUCCCUGGUGGGCUUUGCUGGAGGGCUUUCCCGAUCCCCAACGCCGACGAACCAGCCGCAGACUUCGUCCAGGGGCUGAAGACAAUAGUCGGGCACGGAGACCCGAUGACAAAGGAGGGUCAAGCCGUGCACGUCUACACCGCGAAUACGUCAAUGAAUAAGCGCGCGUUCUGCAGUAACGAUGGAGACAUGCUCUUUGUCCCGCAGGAGGGAAGACUCGACAUCCAGACGGAAUUCGGAAGGAUGAUGGUACGGCCCGGGGAACUGGCUGUAAUCCAAACUGGUAUUCGGUUCAAGAUCGACCUGCCUGAUGGACCUUCCAGGGGCUAUGUACAAGAGCUAUUCGGAAGUCGUUAUGAGCUUCCAGAACUCGGUCCUUUUGGGAGCAACGGCUUGGCCCUUCCGCGUGAUUUCGAGUCUCCGGUCGCCUCCUUCGACAUCGAUACGUCGGAGUGGGAAAUCGUGUACAAGCUGGCUGGGAAACUCUGGUCUUGCAAGCAGAACCACACACCAUUCGACGUCGUUGCGUGGGACGGAAAUUACGUCCCUUUCAAGUACGCAGCCGAAAAGUUCGUCACUGCAGCUUACACGGACAAAGAUCAAGCGGAUCCCAGCUUGUACACGGUCUUGACAGCCAAGUCCAAGAUCCCUGGGGUUCCGGCAACGGACUUCAUGUUCUUCACGCCAAAAUACUCGUCAGCGACGAACGUUUUCCGCCCUCCGUACUACCAUCGAAACAUGGCAACAGAGAUCGUGGGAAUCGUUUACGGCGAUUACAAGGGCACGAGCCGCAACCUGGAGGCUGGUGGGCUAAGCUUCCAGUCGAGCUACAUGCCCCACGGAGAAACCCACGAGGCAUUCGAGCAAGCGACGACAGCCGAGAUAAAGCCUCAGCAAGUAGGCGAAGGGUUCCUCGGGUUCAUGUUCCAAGUCAGCACGCACUGCGCGGUGACACAAUACGCCUUGGAAAGGAGCGGAGUCCUCGAAGGCAAGCAAACCAUUCUGCCCUCGUGA